AUGCCAAACACCAGAUCCAAACCACCUGAGUUUUACGGCCUCCUAAUUCUGUUUGAAAAAGUAAGUCAAAGUAAAGUUUUGAGGGAAACCGAAUGAUAUUUCAUUGGCUGUUUAUGAGCUAAUAGACGAUGCCUAAUGUUAAGGUACAUACAUGGCUACAUGUGUCGCCAUCUAAAUUCGCUCAUCGGUGGAGUGAUCGAUUACUCCAAUGACUCCUAUGACUCCUACUUGACAGGGUGUGGGGGGCGGGGUGGGGAAGAAAGGGAGACCUUUAGCAGUGGUUGAAAUUCAAUUACUAUUGGCAUAACAUUUUUUUCUUUCUGUAGAUGAGCUAUGUGCGCAUACUCAAGUUCACAGGCAAUUCAACGAUGGUUAACGAUUACCGUCCAGUUCAGGGUCUCAAUGGCCGCGUAGUUAAAAACAGUUUCCAGGAAUCUACAAAAACCACUGCUGUUUCAACAAAUUGA